CAAAUUCACAUACAGGCAUUCCUCUGGUCCUCUUUUUUGUACGCUUCGUCAAACUUUGUUCUUUCUCUCUCCUCUCUCUCUCUCUCUCCCCCUCUUCUCCGAAAGCUCUUUCCUUUAGAUCCGUGACGAUCUCUCACGCUCAUCCAUGGCUUCCAAGCGGAUCUUGAAGGAGCUCAAGGAUCUCCAGAAAGACCCUCCUACCUCUUGCAGCGCAGGCCCUGUAGCUGAAGACAUGUUUCACUGGCAAGCCACGAUAAUGGGUCCCCCCGAUAGUCCUUACGCCGGGGGAGUCUUUCUAGUUACCAUUCAUUUCCCUCCCGACUAUCCAUUUAAACCACCUAAGGUUGCGUUCAGAACUAAGGUUUUUCACCCAAAUAUCAACAGCAACGGCAGUAUCUGUCUUGACAUUUUGAAAGAACAGUGGAGCCCUGCCUUGACAAUUUCCAAGGUGCUGCUUUCCAUUUGUUCCCUGUUGACGGAUCCAAACCCAGACGAUCCGUUAGUGCCAGAGAUUGCCCACAUGUACAAGACAGAUAGGGCCAAGUACGAGACAACCGCUAGGAGCUGGACCCAGAAGUAUGCCAUGGGCUAAUGUGCUUUGUGGUGAGGGCAUUUAGGACGUUGACUAAUAUUCCUUGUUAUGUAUAAAAGAAGUGUGUUCUGUACUUUCCAAUCUUGUAAUAGACAAUUGAAGAAUAGGUCUUAUUGCUGCUCUCUUUAAAUCAAGACCAUAUUUGUAUUCUAAACUAUGAACAUCGAUGGACGAUGUUGUUUGAUAUACCGAGUGUUGUAUUUGCCUC